GUGAUCCAAUUGAUGCUCUUUAUAGCAUGUUAUUAAAGUUACCUCUUUCCAUCAUGCUAAUUGCUCGUCUUAUGCAUGCUUUCUGUCCAUUUGAAUUUGCUAUAUACUUAGUUGGGUGAUGAGUAUCUGAUAGCUGUCGGGAAGAGGCAUCGUGGAGGGGUAGAAAAACAGAAGCCGAGAGAUAAUAGAGUAUAUAACAUAUUGUGGGGCUACAAGGUGAGACCGUUAAUAUGUUACUACUCUAUCACAAAGUUUUUGUUAUAGGCCCUAUAAUAUGUUGUAUAUUCUAUUAAGAAAUUCACCAUUAGAUACGUAAUCCAAUCUAAGGCCUUGGCUGACAUACGAUACUGUAAGAUUCGUUUUGUUCAGGUUCGACUUGUUCGUUAGAAGAUGAAUGAGUUGAGGAUGUAUAAUUUUCUCUGGAGAGGGGUGGGUUAUCUUCGAUUACAAUAAUAAAGUAAGCUGAAGGUAUGACUACAUCCUUCUAGUCUGAGUCUGAUUAUUCCAUAUUGUUUGGGGUUAGAAGAGGCUAAAUGAUAAUGAUGCAGUAGCUUCACAGAGUAGAGGUAAAACUCUACUUUGUAUAAUUGUAUGGGUGGGUGCGUUAUGCUCUUUUAAAUCUGUACCCACCUAAAAAAUUUUCAUUUCUACCACCUAUUUAUUAAUGAUGACGGAUAAAAUUUUUAUAAUCAUGUUUGUCCUUUGAAAAUGCAUUUAAAUUCAUCCUCACCGACUAUGGGCUAUGGCCAUAUGGAUAUACACAUCAUGGGUGUAUAUACCUUAAAUCUGCCACACAUUCACUCCAUAUUUGCGUUAUAUGUGCUCUAUACAAUCGUGAUUCAAUAUGAAUUUAAUAUGUCUAUUUUUAUGUAAACGUUGCAAUGUAAUAAGAUAAAAUUAAUGUUUAUAAUUUUUGUCAAUAGUGUUAAAUUGAAGUUUUGCAUAAUUGAUAUAAAGUAGUACAUUAUACAUGUGACAUAUGCAAGAGACAUGACACGAGUUGAGUGGGUAUGGUGCAGGGUGGGUGCAUAUAAGGUGGACCUACUCAUGCAUUAUCCAGUGGGUAAGACCUCGUACCCACAACCUACUCAUGCAUUAUCCAGUGGGUAAGACCUCGUACCCACAACCUACUCAUGCAUUAUCCAGUGGGUAAGACCUCGUACCCACAACCUACUCAUGCAUUAUCCAGUGGGUAAGACUUUGCAUACUCAUCCACUUGCUACCCAUCAAAUUAAUACCGAUACCAAGUCCAACUUAAACAGAUGUGGUGUGAAAUUCAUAUAAUUUUAUCUAUUUUAUAUCCUUAAUUGACCUGACUUUGUACGCAAAUACUAUUUUGAUGACUAAGACUAUAAACAAAUAGUAGAAUAGAUUGUCGUUGAUAAGAUAGGAAAAUGAGAAGACACAUUUCAAAAAAUAGCAUCAUAAUUCUUAUUAAUAAUCUACUUGUAUAUCUUAUUUAUAAAAUAUAUCUUAUUUAAAUUAAGUAAUAUUCCAGAUCUAUUUAAACCAAUUUUAUAAUCUGUCAUUAUAAAUUAUAUUGAUCCAAACUGCUCCAUAGCACAAAAUUUCCUAAGAAUCCCUCCAGGCUAACACAAGCAAAAUUACCUCCUCACUAAUUAAUUACCUUAAUUACCAAUCAAAGUCUUAAUCAAACACACUUUUACACAGACUGCCACACUUCCACAGACUCCCGCCUCUUACUCCGUAAACACCUCCCUGCUUAAAUCCCUGUUUAUAUUGUUUUCUUGGCAUUUUACGAUCUACCCUUUAAUCCAAAAAAAAAACAAAAUAAUUACGCCAUUAAUAAUUAACAAUGAUUAAACUCAAUAAACAUUUUCUAAUCAUUCUCAUAAUCACAAUCUUGUUCAUCUCCAACCUUUUCAGAUCGGUGAGGGCGAAAUCGGAAGAAGAAGCAUCAGAAUGUACAUCAUUAAUGAUAGGUCCAUGCCAUAAUAGGGCUAAAGCUCAAAAACUAAAUUACAUAGCCAUAGGAACAAUAUUAAUAUUUAGCAUGGUUGGGGUAUCACUGCCCUUAAUUUGUAGGGUAUACCCUGGUUUUAGUCCUGAUAAAAACAUUUUCCUUUUAAUAAGAGCAUUUGCAUCUGGGGUUAUAUUAGCCACAGGAUUUAUGCAUGUAAUGCCUGAUUCAUGGAAUGAUUUAACUUCACCGUGUUUGCCUCAUAAUCCUUGGCGGAAUUUCCCUUUUACUCCUUUUAUUGUUAUGAUUUCUGCUUAUGCUACUAUGAUGAUGGAUUCUUUUUUUACUGCUUAUUAUCAAAUAAAUAAUGGUGAUCAUAAUGGCGAUGAUGAGAGCUCAAGAUUGUUAAAGGAUCGUGUCGUAGCUCAGGUUUUGGAAUUAGGAAUAGUGGUACACUCAGUAGUAAUAGGCCUAUCAAUGGGCUCAUCAGAUAAUCCAUGCACAAUUAAGCCACUGAUUACAGCCAUUUGCUUCCAUCAACUCUUUGAAGGAAUGGGCCUUGGUGGUUGCAUCUUACAGGCUGAAUAUGGGAUGAAGGUAAAAGCAAUAAUGGUGUUUUUCUUCUCAGUGACAACACCAAUUGGGAUAGUGUUGGGGAUUGUAUUACAGAAAGUAUACAACGAGAAUAGUCCAACAGCAUUGAUAGUGGUUGGAGUUCUAAAUGCAGUGUCUGCAGGAUUACUCAUUUAUAUGGCUUUGGUUGACUUAUUGGCUUCAGAUUUCAAGGGACCUAAACUUCAAAAUAACCUUAAGCUUCAAUUUUGCUGUUGUGUGCUUGCUUUUAUGGGCACUGCGAUUAUGUCUUUCUUGGCUAAAUGGGCUUAGUUUUGGUGUACUAUCUUACUCUGAUAAUGUAUUUACAGCAGCCUCAUCUCUUUUCUUUUUCUUUUAUCUUUUUCAAAAAUUAUGUAAAAAAAA